AUGGCAAUACACACAGGAGAGAAGAAUUAUAAAUGCGAGCAAUGUGACACGGGAGAGAAGAAUUAUAAAUGUGAAACAUGUGACAAAGCAUUUGCAGAUAAAAGGGCUUUAAGAACUCACAUGAUAAGUCACAUAGGAGGGAAAAGAAUUAAAUGUGAAAUAUGCGACAAAGCAUUUUCUCGCAAUACCCAUCUGAAAGCACAUAUGGCAGUACACACAGGACAGAAGAAUUAUAAAUGUGAAAUAUGUGACAAAACAUUUGCUCGCAAUGGCCAUCUGAAAUCACAUAUGGCAGUACACACUGGAGAGAAGAAUUAUAAAUGUGAAAUAUGUGACAAAGCAUUUGCCCAGAAAAGAACUCUUAAAAAUCAUAUGACAGUUCACACAGGAGAGAAGAAAUUUAAAUGUGAAAUAUGUGACAAAGCAUUUGCUCAGAAAUGUAUUCUUAACUUUCAUAUAGAAGUACAUUUAGGACAGAAGAAUCAUAAAUGUGGAAUAUGUGACAAAGCAUUUGCUCGCAUUGGCAAUCUGAAAUCACAUAUGGCAGUACACACUGGAGAGAAGAAUUAUAAAUGUGAAAUAUGUGACAAAGCAUUUGCUCGCAAAAGUAAUCUUAGAUAUCAUAUGGUUGUGCACACGGGGGAGAAGAAAUUUAAAUGUGAAUUAUGUGACGAAGCAUUUGCUCAGAAAUAUAUUCUUAAAUCACAUAUAGAAGUACAUUUAGGACAGAAGAAACAGAAGAAUUAUAAAUGUGGAAUAUGUGACAAAGCAUUUGCAGAUAAAGGUGAACUUAAAAGUCAUAUGACAGUGCAUUCAGGAGAGAAGAAUUAUAAAUGCGGAAUAUGUGACAAAGAAUUUGCUCAUAAAGUUACUUUAAAAACUCAUAUAGAAGUACAUUUAGGAGAGAAGAGAUAUAAAUGCGAAAUAUGUGACAAAGCAUUUGGAGAUAAAGGUAAACUUAAAAGUCAUAUGACAGUGCACAUAGGAGAGAAGAAUUAUAAAUGUGAAAUAUGUGACAAAGGAUUUGCUCGCAAAAGUAAUCUUAGAUACCAUAUGGUUGUGCACACGGGGGAGAAGAAAUUUAAAUGUGAAUUAUGUGACAGAGCAUUUGCUCGAAGGGGUACUCUUAAAUCUCAUAUAAAAGGAUUACUGGUAUAUGAAUCAACCGGAGCUCAAACCAUCUUUGCCGAUAAAAAGCUAUGCGGGAACAUAACGUGCUUUAACAAAGCUAAAUGCAGAAAUGACAGCACUGGAAUACACGGUUGUGUCUGUCAACUAGGGUACACAGGCAAGAAUUGUGAAGAAGAUUUGGAGGAAUGUAAAUUCGGAAAUCCUUGCUAUCAUCGUGGUCACUGCAAUAAUACAAUAGGAAGUUACAAAUGUGAGUGUUUAGAAGGUUGGACUGGAGAGGAUGUCCAUUGUGAAAUAAAGGAUAACUCUACCACUGAUCAUGGUCGGAAAUGCAUGCCUGGAUGGACUGGAGAGUGGUGCCAAGACCAAUGUUUGAAUGACUCUAUGUGCAGAGCAACUGAGGUUUGCAAAAAGCGUGGUAGAGGACUCCGUUGUGUUUGUGCUACGGGAUGGCGAGGAAUUAAAUGUACGGCUGACAUCGAUGAAUGCACGAGAAGUCCUUGCCCAAGUAACACCAUAUGUGUAAAUACACAGGGUUCAUACAAAUGCAGUUGUCCAACUGGUUGGACAGGACUUAACUGUGAUAUAGAUAUAAAUGAAUGUUUGAUAAACCCGUGCAAGCAUUCAUCGACAUGCAUGAAUGCACUAGGCUAUUACAAUUGCACGUGCUCACCUGGAUGGAAAGGAAGAAAUUGCGACGAGGAUAUCGAUGAAUGUGCAUAUAACCCGUGCAAAAAUUCACUGCAAUGUAACAAUUACCCUGGUUUAUUUUCAUGUUUAAAGAAACAACAGAAAGGAAUGCAAGACGAGGAAA